GUUGUCAGAUUAUAUUUGGUAUUUUAACUAUGUUCUUUGUUCGUAAUUUUGACCAACCGUUUUGGAGAUUUCGGUAUUUCCCCAUUCAAAUAGAUAUGAGCUGUUCUGUUAUGCCACAUUGAAAUCAGCUGCCGGGACAGUUCCAAAAAUGGUUACCGAUUGAACUGACUUGCCUUGAAUGAGACUUUGAUCUAGCCCCCGACUAGCGCGCUGCUGGGGGAUGUUGUUUUUAGUUCUUUCAGUUUCCAUUCUGGUUUGGAGAUAAAAAACUACAAACACCAGAAGCCGCAGCGGCGCAAGCAGGAAAACAAGUCUGCCGGUGGACGUGUGUAUUAUUGAGGAGUCUCACUAGUAGUGCAGGAGCAUUACCACAUUUAUAUAUUAUUCACAAUGUCAACAUCUGGAUACUUUAAAGCAUAAAUAAGUAUUGCGUUUGCGUUUGCGUUUUUCAGCCUGUAAAAAUGAAUACGCUCUUUGCGAUCACUUUGGUGUUCGUUGGGUGCUGUAGCAAUGUUGUUUUUUUGGAAUUUUUGGUGCGGGAUUUCCCUGGAUGUGGAAACAUUGUCACAGUCGCCCAGUUUGCCCUCAUUGCAUUGGAGGGAUUCAUAUUUGAGACCAACUUCGGACGCAAAAAGCCACAGAUUCCCAUGAGGAAUUAUGUGAUCAUGGUGACCAUGUUCUUUACCAUCAGCGUGAUCAACAACUACGCUCUCAAUUUUAACAUUGCAAUGCCCCUGCAUAUGAUCUUCAGAUCCGGAUCUCUCAUUGCUAACAUGAUACUCGGUAUUAUCAUCUUGAAGAAAAGAUAUUCCAAGAGUAAAUAUCUCUCCAUUGUGCUGGUGUCUAUGGGCAUUUUCAUCUGCACUAUCAUGUCGGCCAAGCAAGUGAACGUUGAGAAGGGCGCCACAGAGGAAGAGGGAGUUCAUGCCUUCCUGCAUUGGCUUCUUGGUAUCGGGAUGCUUACUUUUGCAUUGCUGAUGUCUGCUAGAAUGGGUAUUUUCCAAGAAACUCUGUACAAACAGUAUGGCAAACACUCCAAGGAAGCUUUAUUUUACAAUCACUGUCUGCCGUUACCUGGGUUCCUCCUGCUGUCGACCGACAUCUACAAACACGCCGUGCUCUUCAGUCAGAGCGCUCCGGUGGAAAUCCCUGUGAUUGGUCAGUCCAUGCCAGUCAUGUGGUUUUACCUGCUGAUGAACGUCAUCACCCAGUACGUUUGUAUUCGUGGUGUGUUCAUUCUGACGACGGAGUGCGCGUCACUCACGGUUACGCUGGUGGUGACGUUACGCAAAUUCCUGAGUCUCAUUAUCUCCAUCCUGUACUUCCGGAACCCGUUCACGGCCUGGCACUGGGUGGGCACAGCUGUGGUGUUCCUGGGAACAUUGCUGUACACGGAGGUGUUGUCCAACAUUCUCACUGCAAUCAAAGGAGAGAAAGCAGAAAAGAAGGCAGAGUGAACUGUAUAGGAAGACCAGUGUAAUACCUCCUUAACCCCUGUGUGUGUGUUUGUGUGUGUGUGUGUGUGUGUGUGUGUGUGUGUGUGUGUGUGUGUGUGUGUGUGUGUGUGUGUGUGUGUGUGUGUGUGUGUGUGUGUGUGUGUGUGUGUGUGUGUGUGUGUGUGUGUGUGUGUGUGUGUGUGUGGUAUCACGUUUCAUUUGUAAGUUCUUGCAUGCAUCAGGAAGCUCUUAAAGGAACAGUUCACCCAAAAAUGUCAUCAUUUACCCACCCUCAUGUCAUUCCAAACCUGAAUGACUUUCUUUUGUUGAGCACAAAAGGGUGUCUUGAAAGCAGUCCAUACAUCUUGCGCACUAUAUUGCGAAGCUUCUGAAGUCAUACAAUGCCGUUGUCAUACGUAAUCGACACGUUCAUGGAGAGAAGUAGCGAUAUAUCCUGUUUGUGAUCCAAUGAUCCUUUACGGGAUCUUUUUAGUGAAUUGGUUGAUCCAGUUCACAACUGAGUGAUUCAUUUAUGAAUCGAACUGAUCCGGUUCUCGAGUUCAACUCAUUGAUUCAGUGAUUCGGUCAGAGUGGUUAACAGCUCACCGUAGAGGAAGAUUUUCAGUGAAUAAUUUAUAUUUCAAGCACUGAGCAAUUGCUGUGCUAACCAUAGCAAAGUGCUUUAGCAUGCUAACAUUUACUGUCACUAGCUAGCAUAUCACUAAAAGUUUCAUUUGAGUUAUUUCGACAUGUUAAAUUUGAUUGGAUUCAGCUUUGUUCCCUCUACUUAAAGUAUUUACGUUGAAAUUACAUGGUCAUUUUCAUUGAAGAAAACUCAUUUCAACACGAUUGAAUCAAGUUCAGACGAAACGUUUUAUGUCCUUUUUCUCAGCCCCUCGUUUCAUUGUAACCACAUGAAAAAGAGCGACUCGUAGGAAUCUUCCAAAGUCCUUCUGUUGUGUUCCAUAGAAGAAAGUCAUACAGGUUUGGAACAACAUGAGGGUGAGGAAAUGAUGACAUCGUUUAUUUUUUGGGUGAACUAUUGCUUUAACAGUUUUGAGCCAACUUAAUGAGCUGUUUUUGAGCCAUGCUUAAGUUUGUUUUAUUGUGUGUUGGUCAGUGUUUUCUUUCUCUGUACGCACAAUCCAUGACAUGUUUUAAGUGCCAAGUUUGAUUUUUGUUGCGGUACAAACCCUCUUGUGGUCCCUGGAACCAUUUUUACAUCAAGAAGGUCUACCUAGUUCUAGUUUAUCAUGUCAAGAUAACAGAUAAAAUGAUAAAAGUUGUAAUCAGAUUUGACACUUGGAGCUACUGUACGGGAUUUAUUAACAUGAUUGUUUAUGUUCCAUGAAAGUUAUUGUUAUUUCAUUUAAGCACAGCCGGUUUCAUUGGUGUGGAUCUACUUUUUACAAAUGUCUUUAUUCAGUUGUAAAAUGAAAGUAAAUAUGACUUUUAUGUAAGCAUAUUUUUAGAACUGUAUUUCAUGAGUCUGUCGGGGACUUUUGGGGUAAACAAAAGCAAUAUUGUAGAAAAAUAGACUGCCAAUACUAUUGAAAAUAUCCACAGAUAUUAUGUUUAUAUGGUUGGGGUUUGUUGCGUAAGGAUAAUUUAAACAAGGAUGAGAUUUUUUUAACAUUACACAAACUGAAGACAAUCUUCAAUAUGAAUUAUCUUGUGUUUUGUAUUCAGUGGUGUAGUCAAGGGUGGGCCGGGGUGGACCUGGGACCUCUCAAAUUAGACCCAGGCCCUCCCAGAAUACUAGAGAUUAUUCUUUGACUUCAAAUAUAUAUUUUUAAAAAAUGCAUACUUUCUAAUUUCUGAAAGUGUGAAAGAACUGUUUGAAUGUGCCACUUCUCUGUUGUUAAGGAAAAUUUGGUUAAAAAACAAUUGGGUGUAAACUUGGCCCAUCCAUUUUUAUUGAGGCCCACCCAAAGGUACAAAAAUUCACUAUGCUAACCAAAGUUUCAGCCAAAAUACCAUAGGUAUUAAAAGUCUUGUUUCUGCCUUAAUUAACAAGUUAAUGUAGAAUCUUAUUCAAAUAAUGUAAGGGUGCUUUCAGAAUAUUUGGCAUUUUGUUUAGUGCAUUUUUGCAUUGAUUCUAAUGGUGGCUAAUGGCCUACUAAACUCAGAAACACUGGAAUAAAUAUGGGAUUUAUGACAGAAACUUUGUGUUUAUAUGGUAUUUUUUUGUACAUAAUUACGGCUAAAGAGAAACACAAAGCUGCAAAAAUAAAGAGACGAGAGAAAGA